AUUGGUUGGCCAUGUCGUGCUACGUGAUAUGCGGUAAGAGGGUCUAACACCCUCAGCUACAGGUUUAAAGGAACCAUUAAAGGAACUGAGCCCGGCUUCACUACCUACAUGGCCUAUAUAUAUUGUCGUCGUUUGCAUCUUGGCAUCCUAGUCGUUCAGGAGUUAGCUGAUUGUGUUACGUCGAAAACUAGAAUCGAAUGAUGACCGAUGUAGACAUGGCGGCGCAGACAUGGCGACCACAGAUGAGAAUAGCGUGCGAAGAGUGCCGACGAAAAAGGAUAAGAUGCGAUAGGGGAAUACCACAAUGCAUGUCUUGUGCUACUUCUGGGAAAACAUGCGUUGUGAGAGACAACUGCCCACGCAGAGGGCCAAAGAAGGGAUACCUCAAGACGCUACAGAACAAGAUAGAGGACCUACAAGCCCGGUUGAACGAACAAGAGGCAUCGACGACGGAGACAAGGACUCGUUCGCCUUCUCAUGAAGAAAUCAACUCCGAUAACGACAAUGGCGGCAGCGUCGAUACCAUCGAAGUUCAGAGCACAUCCACUUCUACCCCUAUAACACUAGGUGAUAUUCAGCUAUGGACGCCGCCGUUAGAUGUCCAAUUUCCCAUCAUGCAACCAGCGCCAUGGGAAUGUAUCGAGAGCUCGUUUCCAAGUCCGGAAUUCCCAUCAUUAGACUAUAGUCAGGAGCCAGCUCCGUUUUCAAUGGGAGUUGGACUUCAAAUCACUCCUAUGAUGCACAAUGACCUUGACCAACUCUAUUUUGACCGGGCCUACAUGUUUGCCCCUAUAGUGCAAGCACAUCGCUAUCGUUCCUGGUCCAAACAGCCGAAUAAGAGCAUGCAACAGACUUGCCUACAGUAUGCCAUGUGGACAUUCGCGUCAUCACUCUCCAGUCAGUUCCAAGUUGCCGUACGACAAUUAUACAAAGAGACAAAACAGCUUCUGCAUACAAUCGAGUCAGAGGAACCUUGCCACCAAGUAUCCAUCGAGCAGGCCCAAGCGUGGCUCUUGCUUGCGAUGUAUGAGUUGACGUGUGAAGACUACCACCGAUGGAUGAUGUCCGCUGGAACCGCUUUUCGUUUGAUCCAGAUGUUGAGGUUGUAUGAACUGGAUGUAAACCAAAGCACCCCCACUACGCAGGCCCAGGAUCAAUAUGCGGCACAGCUUAGCCCCUCAGCACAAGUCCAAGAUGACUGGAUUGAGGUUGAAACCAGGAGGCGGACAUUCUGGCUCGCUUAUACAAUUGAUCGGUUUACAAGUAUGAUCGAUGGGUUGCACAUGUUCUUCGACGAUCGGAUGAUCCGUACCCUCCUACCAGCCCCCGAAGUAAACUUUGCUAGUGGUCGUCCUAAGAAGACGAGCUUUAUCACGGAUCUGGUCCGCGAUGGCGACCUGGAGCGGCCGGACGAUGACUUGUCUUCCUUUACAGAAACCGUUAUCGUGGCACACAUCUGUGGACUCGUCCUAGAUCAUAAACAGAGACCUCUAGCCAGAACUCGCGAUACCACUGUCGACUUCUGCCACCGACACCGAUAUAUCAAUGCGCUACUGACACAGCGUAUCACGAUGCAGCGAGUACAUGCCUCAGUAGGACACUUGGACCCUGUGCUUACCUUUACUGCUCUGGCAUCACAAAUCUGUGUGCUUAUGCUUCACGACUUUAUCGAAACCAAGCCGUUGGGCAACAAAGCACAAGCAACACAGCUGACUAAGGCUCUCCAUGGCGAGUAUCAGCAGCAAGCACUGGAUGCUGUGGCUGAUAUACCUCACCUGGUUGUCGCACUUGACCAGCACUUUCAGACACAUCCAUUGACACCUAUCCUACUCCUACUAGGUGCUAGAUUCUCGCAGUCGCACCCGGGGCUGAAUGAUGCCUCCAACCAACUCAUGCCUUGCAUCAUAUCCACACUGCAGGCUUGUAUCAACCUAAAUAGGCUUUCACAGAACUUUCUCCAGCUCAUAUGAGUCCCCUUUUUGUUCUUCUUCUCAACGUCAUUUUUGUGGUGUUAUUUACCGGGGGUCGACCAGGCAAAAGAUUUAUAGGUACGAAUUGGUGUUUCAUAUAUAUACCCGCACAGAGCAAUGGCUGCUAGAGCUAGAUUUAUGUUUUUGUUUUUAUUAGAUGGAACUUGUCAAAGGGCGCAGUCCCGGCGCGAAGGAUUCAAGGAGUAAGGUGUGGGUGGAAUAUUACGCAUAAAGUGCGCAACCCUCUCAUGAUGGCUCAAGAGCGGAUAUCAUGAUGAGGUACUACUAGCAGUAGAUAGACCGUCAGAGUACGAUACGAUACCUAGUACUGUGGAAGACAGGCACUAUAGAGGAAACUCAGAAGGUAGAGAUCAGUAGGCGAACGCGCCAAUGCUUGUACCACUGUAACUAGAGGGCUUCGACCCCAUAACUGAUAUAACUGAUACAAAUCAAUGCAAGAAAUAAAAGACUCGAAG